AUGAGGGCCCUCUUUCAGCACCGCGGGAGCACAGACUGCUGGGUCACACUCGGCUGCCUCUCUCCAGCCCUGCUCGCCACCGCCCACCAGCUGCGCAGUUGUUGGGAUGGGCUUGAUUAUGAUCCUGAGGAAAGCUUAAAUUCUUCAAGAUCAAAGACUAGGUGCCUUUUCAUCCAAAUGGAAUAUUGUGAUAAAGGUACGUUGGAGCAAUGGAUUGACAAAAUAAGAGGCAAGGAACCAGACAAACAUUUGGCUUUGGAGUUCUUUCAACAAAUAACAACAGGAGUGCAUUAUAUACAUUCAGAACAGUUAAUUCAUAGAGACCUUAAGCCAAGUAACAUAUUUUUAGUAGCUAUGAACCAAAUCAAGAUUGGAGACUUUGGACUUGGUACAUCCCUGAAAAAUGAUGAAAUGCAGACAAGUAAAAAGGAAACUUUAAGAUACAUGAGCCCAGAACAGCUUUCUUCUGUGAAAGACUAUGGAAAUGAAGUGGACAUCUAUGCUUUGGGGCUGAUUAUUGCAGAACUUCUUCAUAUAUGUCCCACUUAUUUAGAAACAGCGAAGUUAUUUAACGAUCUAAGGAGUGGCAACUUAGAUGUAUUUGAUGACAAAGAAAAAGAUCUUCUGGAGAAAUUACUCUCAGUGGACCCCAAGAAACAACCUACCACAUCUGAGAUACUGAAGACUUUGAAGGAGUGGAAUAAUGGUACAGAAAAAAGGAAACGAAACACAUGUUAGAUACUUUAAAAAGUAUCCUGCUUCUGAUAAUUCCGUUUUCCUGUCACUGUCUAAAAUCUGCUUGGGAAUAUUGAUGGUAUUUAUCUUCUAUUUUCAUUUUUUCUCUUAAUUUUUUUUUGCCACAUUUGAAGAAAGGUUUAC